UCCCUGUUGUUGUUGUUAGCUUGUCGCCGGUCUGCUCCGUGUUUCAGGCUCCUCUCGGCUCUGAUUUGGUAUUUUUCAUCUAAAAAUGGGACAACACAGGAUUUAACGGAGAGUUUCGGACCGUUGGGGCCUGAGAAGUCUUUACCAUGCUGACUCCACCUCUGACACUGACUACAAGCGAUGACAAGGGGCGGGGCCACCUAGAUGUUACUCCCCCUCCUGUGCUUCCAUUGGUUGGCGAUGGUGGUGACAUCAUCAGGUCCCAAACAGGAGUUUUUUCUCCUCCCGGACCUCCUUGGACUUCCUCCUCCUCACUUCCCUCUUCAUCCCGCUCUCCUCCUCCAUGUUACACCUCCUCCUCCACUCCUUCUUUUCAUCCCUUCACCUCCUCUCUUUCUUCUUCACCUUUUCUAGUUUCUCCCCCUCCUCCUCCUCUUUACUCCCCCACUGCUCAAGCUCCUUUCACUCCUCCUCCUCCUCUUCCUCGUGUUUUCUCCUCUCCUUUCUUAAGUCCUUGUCCUCCAUGCUCCACCUCCCCAGCUCCCUCUCUGGCCCCUUUUCCUUCCUUCCUCUCCUUUCCUCCUUCUCUCCGUCCUCCCUCUGUUUCUGCUCCUCCUGGCUCCUCCUCUGCUCCUUUUCCUUCUGUUCGUCCUCCUCCCGGUGUUUCUGCUCCUCCUGGCUCCUCCUCUGCUUCUUUUCCUUCUGUCCGUCCUCCUCCCAGUGUUUCUGCUCCUCCUGGCUCCUCCUCUGCUCCGUUUCCUUCCCUCAGUCCUCCUACCAGUGUUUCUUCUACUCCCUGCUCCUUCCUGUCCCAUCCUCCUUUCAGCUCCUCUCCUCGUCAGUCUUUCUUCUCUGCUCCUCCUCUCUGCACUCUGUUCUCCUCCUCUGCUCCUCGUCCCCCUCCUCGUGUCUUUCGAAGUCCUUCUAUCGUUCCUCCGACAUCCUCCUGUUCUCGUCCUCCUGUCUCCUUUAAUUCUUUAACGUCUCAGCCUGCUCCUACUUUACCUGCUCCUCCUUUAGCUCCUCCUCCUUUAGCUCCUCCUCCUUUAGCUCCUCCUCCUUUAGCUCCUCCUCCUUUAGCUCCUCCUCCUUUAGCUGCUCCUCCUUUAGCUGCUCCUCCUUUAGCUCCUACCCCUUUAGUUGCUCCUCCAUUAGCUCCUCAUCUCCCUCCAACUCCUUCUGUCUCCAUCAUUCCUUCUCUUCAUUCGGCUCCCUCUUCACCUCCUUCCAGUGUCUCUCCUCUUUCUCCUGUGGCUUCCUCUCCCCAUCCUUCACCUCCUCCCUCAUCUUCUCCUGCCAUAGCUCCUCCCCUGGUCUUCUCUGCUCCUUCUCCUUCUCUGUAUCAGAGCCAGCCCUCUGUUGUUGCUCCUCCUCCCUGCUGCUCCUGCUCCUCUAUCCUCCCUCGCCUCCUCUCAGCUCAUCGGUUGGAGGUGCGGCGCCUCCUGCGAGGAGCGUUGGCUUCCCUUGGUCGUCGUCUGGACUCUCUAGAGAGGAGGAGCAGAAGCACGACGAGAAAGAAGAGGAGCAGAGGAGGGGCAACAGAAACAGUGCAUCCUCCUGGACUGGGUGCUUUCCCUUUGAACUCCACCUGCCCCCAACAUGUUAGCACACCUUCAUCAUCCUCAUCAUCUUCAGACAGCGAGGACCUGCCCACCCCUCCUCUAUUCACAAGUUUGAGCCAAUCAAAGCAGAGGGGGAAGAGCACAGCAGAAGAGGAGGAGACGAGUGUUAAGAGGAGGAGGAGGAGCCACAGAGACAGAGAAGGGUGCUCUUUAACUGAAAUCAAAGAAGAAGAAGAGGAGGAUUCUGGGAGAUUUGUGGGGCAGAUGGCUGUCUCUGUUGGAGGAGGUGGAGAAAGGGAGCAACGGCUCACUCUGCAUAACCUCAACCACAGGAAACACAGACGAAGAGAGGGCAGGGUCGGCCAAUCAGAGAAGGGCGUCAGUGUGGUCAGGCAGAAUGGUUACAGAGAGCUGCACAGCUCUUCGUCCCAACAUGCCUUGCACCUCCUUCAGUCAGCCCAGCGUGGACCAAUCAGCCAAUCACAAGCGCUCUGCGUGUCAUCAGGCCAAUGGCGUUUCUCGGACUUCAGCCCACCUAUCUCCCAGUCCUCCAAUCCCAGUUCCUUACACCUGUGGCUAAGCUCCUCCUCCUCUGCCUUUAGCCUCGCUCCAAUACUGCGUCUGUCCGCUGUUGCCGUGGAGACAAUGACGGAGUCAGUGAGGGCCGAAACGAGUAUUGGGCCCCUGAGGCCCCUGAAAGACUGGACUGCCCCGCCGAGCCUGGGCAUCGACCACUGUUACGUUCGCACUCCGACCCCAAGCCCUGUUUUUCCCACCCGACGACUGAAGAAGCAGCGAGCCAAUCACAGCUCCCGUAGCAUUAUCCUGCCUCGGCGACGGGCCCUGCCUCUCCCCCCGUGUUCAGCCAAUGGCCUGUCUGCUUCUCUCCCUGUUGGCCAAUCAGCAGCAACCUGCGAGUUUCUCAGUUCAAAUAGAGAGCGUGGGAAACGUGUGUCUCAGAUCAGGAUCCGCCGUGCGUCACCAAGGGAGACGCCACUCACACCGAUGGGACUGCCAAAAAUGAAAAGGGUAAAAAAGAAAGAGUUCAGUCUGGAGGAAAUUUAUACUAACAAGAACUACAAAUCUCCUUCCAACAACAGGAGUCUGGAGACAAUUUUUGAGGAGCCACGGGACAGGGACGGAGCUCCGUUUGUGAUUGGUCAGCAAAAGAGACGCAGGCUCCUCCUCUUUCCUGACUUCACUCAGCCCAGGAAGAGAAAGAAACCACAAGGGAUGCUGGGGGCGGGAUUUCCUGUUACCACGGUGCCCAGGAAACGGGCAGCAGCUCGGCGGCAUUGCCAUGGUUCUGCUGAUGAUGAGUCAGACCUUGACGUGAUGCUGGUGGAGCGACUGAGCGCGCUCGAGGACUUCCUGACACGUCAAGGCCUGGAAGUGUGAUUUGUGAUGUCACUUCCUAUAACCUGACUUAUGGCCAAAAACAGGGCUGCUACCAUGCCUGCUACCGCAGUCUCCAUGGUAACGCCCCUAGCUUGUGAUGUCACCACUGCAACACCCCCAGCACAUGACGUCUCCAAGGCAACCCCUCAGCACAUGAUGUCACCAUGACCACACCCCCAGCAGCGCCGUAGCGGGCUUUUCCAUUUUAAUGUGUUUGAUUGGUUGAUUUCUGCUGUGAACCCAAUGUGGAUUUUUACAGUGUAGGCCGGUUACAAUGUGAAUUAAAGACUCAUUUAAUACUUUAAUUUUUAUUUUUUACAGUGUAGGCUGGUUACAAUGUAAAUUAUAGACUCAUUCAUUACUUUGUAUUUUUUACAGUGUAGGCUGGUUACAAUGAACAUUUAAGACUCAUUCAUUACUUUAUUUUUUAUUUUUUACAGUGUAGGCUGGUUACAAUGAAAAUUAAAGACUCAUUCAUUACUUUAAUUUUUAUUUUUUACAGUGUAGGCCGGUUAAAAUGUGAAUUAAAGACUCAUUCAUUGCUUUAAUUAUGAUUUUUUACAGUGUAGGCUGGUAACAAUGUAAAUUAAAGACUCAUUCUUCA